AAGACCCUUUACAGUCCCUGGUAGCAGCGGCGUUGGCGACGGCCAUGGAGGAGGAACAGAAGGGGAUGUGGCAGAAGCGGGCGUCGAUUGGGCUUCUCUGUGUAACCUCAGCUGUCCCAGAACUCAUUCCAUAGACCAGGUUGGCCUGGAACUCAGCGAUCUGCCAGCUUCUGCCUCUCAAGUGUCGGGAUUAAGUUAUCCCAAGUGGGACAACACCAGAAGAAGAGUCUUCUUCCAAGAACAACAAAACCCUAAGGCUAGACAGUGGUUAAGGACCCUUGGCGCUCUGGCAGAGAACUGGAAUUAGGUUGUCAGGACCCACACUGGACAACUUAAAACUACCCAUAAUUCCGGCUCCAGGGGAUCAAACACCCAUUUCUGGACUCCACGUGUACCUGAACUCACCAUACACAUGCAGGUUGUCACAACUUUCCUGGGAAGGACGAAGAGGUGACAUCCGAGAACACUAUGAGCUUCUCUGAUAUUUACUCCUCGGAUGAAGAGUAUUUCAGGAAACUCAAAGACCUGAAGGCUAUCCAUGCAGAAACCAUGGCAAAAUUAGAGAAAAUGUACCAGGACAAGCUAAAUAUAAAAGACAUCCACGCAGUCCUCAUCAGGGAUGAUUCUUCUAGUUCUGCCUCGGAAAAGAGCUGCUCACAUCCUGCCUUGUCCGUGACCUCACUUUCAGAGCCUGACUUAGACGGGUCGUCAUCCUUGUCCACCACUACUGAUGAGGAGUUGCCUGACCUAGAGCAAAAGACUCCUGGGGAAAGCGGCGCCAUGACCUAUGCCCAGGCGCUCAUAAACAACAUGUGGAACGACUUUUCUGUUGAAGAUUAUAUUCGGCAUGACUCGGACCUCCAAACAGCUAAGAAAAAGAAGAAGAAACCUAAAUCCUGGACGCCCAGGAUUACAGUGCCUGUGCCCUUUGAAAUGACAGUAAGGGAGCAGAAUCGGAGAGAGAAGGCCUUGAAUGCUCGAUCAGAUUUGGAAACGAGGCAGAAGCAGCUCAAGAGGGACGAGGACGAGGCAGAGUGUAGGAAGAAAUUCCGAGCCAAUCCUGUCCCUUCCUGCGUGCUCCUUCCGCUCUACGAGGAUCUAGUCAAGCAGAAUGAGGAGCGCCGGAAGAAGGCCCGGGAAAGGAGCAGGGCUGCGCUCCUGGCCUCCCAGAAGCCCUUCAAGUUCAUUGGGAGGGAGGAACAGAAGCAAGCCGUCCGUGAGAAGAAACUGAGAGACCUUCUUAGAGCUAAAAAGAAAACGAAGCAGUUCAAAGCCAGGCCCGUGCCUCGGUUUAUUUACAGGCCGGCUGCAAAUGACAAGCCAAAGGAAGAAGGGCUCUGUGAGGACAGCAGGACGCGGCCAAAGGCCGGAGAUCGGCUACAGAGGUCGCCUUGGCCCAGCCGGUCAGCUUGCAGACAGUUCAGGGACCCCAGAAGUCCUGCAAAGCCAAGGGGUAAACACAGGCGCAGGUGCCUGAGCCCCGGGGCUGGAGUCUUGGAAAAAUGGAAGGAAUCCUUCUCUGAACACAGCUUUCUGAAAUGCCCGGUGCUUUGUGAACAGUGUGGUCUUCACGAGUCCCUGUGUGACUCCGACAAAAGACAGAAAGUCUUGGCAGACAUCAGAGCAGAUGAAGAAAAUCUGAGAGAAACACGUGGGCCUGGCCUGUCUCCUAGGCGUAAGUCGCCCAGAAGACAAGAGUACACGAAGCCCAGGCCUCGUGAGUGCAGCCCACCCAUGCCCACCGCGUCUUCCCGAGGGCGGGAGCAAGCCAUCCGGAAAUCCCUUGAGGAAAAGAAAAUGUUGGAAGAAGAGAGAAAUCGGAUCCUAACUAAACAGAAGCAAAGAAUGAAAGACUUGCAGAAACUGCUGGCAACCCGGGUUAAGGCUUAUGCCUCACACCAGAGCUUGUCUCAGAUAGUUAAAUCCAGGGUAACCGAUCUCAGGAGGAAUGAAAAAGCCAGGAUGAGGGAAUACUUGCAGGAACUGGAGGAACAAGAUGAAAAACUGCAGAAGAGGCCGAUGCUGUUUGAAAGAGUCGCGCAGAGAAAUGCAAGGAUGGCUGCAGAGAGGCGUUACUCUAACACUCUAAAAGCGCUAGGACUCUCUGAGGAGUUUGUUUCAGAGAAAGGCCAGAGUGGAAAAGUGUCUGAAGAUGUCACCAGGCAAGAGCUCAGAAGCUGCCCGACAGAGAGAGAAAGCUCUUAUGGAGAAGAAAGAGAGAAUGAGGAAGAAAACUAUUUAACUGAUACCAGCAGCCAGGAUUCUUGCAAGGGAAACAAGGAAGAUAUUAAAGAAAGUGGAGAAGAAAAUUCUGGAGAAUGAACCUGAAUCAGAAGGUUUCUUGUCUCUCUGACCCUCCCAUUGCAGCAUCGGGGCUGCAGUGCCUGCGCUUGGUGUGCUGUGAACGUCCGUGGGAGCCACUCGCACACACGCAGGGCGCUCACACAUGCAGGGCUCUCACAUGCAGGGCUCUCUCUCACACACACGCAGGGCUGCUGAGCCCAUGUGGUGAGCCAUCUGGUUGCUAGCUUAUAGUUUUGCCGCUGCAGUUUAGAAAUUGCUAUGUAUACUCUUUGUAAUUAUGAUUAUAUUUGUAUUUUCGAAGUGUUUGAGGGUUGGAGAACCACAGCCGUCACAAAUGGAUUAGAUAUGGAAAUGUACACUUGCAUUUGAUAGGAAAAAUUUGGUAUUGAGAGAACUAUUAGCUUUUGAAGAUCUAUUUUUAAAUGCACCAUUUUCAUUUUUUUCUCAGAACCAUUUUUAAAUAAGUAAUAUACUACAGACAAAAUAGGUACUUGGAAAUUUACAGUAAUUUUGACACUGAAAAGAUACACUGCUAAAUUAUCCACACCAAGACUACCUUUUCCUUUUUGUCCCUUUUCUGGUGUAUAUUAAAUCCAGAGCUCACACAUACUUAAGUCAAUAAAUUCUACCAUUUGCUAUACCCUCAAUCCUCCCAAAUUAUUUUUGAUAGGUAAAGUAUUACAAUAAUUUAUGCUACUUUUAAAAUCCUGUGUAUUAUUGUAUAUAGAAUAAUUAUGGCCCUUGUGAGUGAAAAUCUUAAGAGAUAAAGGUUACUGUUCUAUAUAUGCUGAAAUUGUGAUCCUAACUUGCCAAAAGAAAAUCCUAAAAGUAAUUCGGAUUUCUUUUUUAUCCUUGGGGUUAUUUUUAGUGUUUCGUUUUUGUUUCUUUUUCCUUUUUCCUUUCUAUUCUUUUCCUUGAGUUUUCUUUCUUUCUUUCUUUCUCUCUCUCUCUCUCUCUCUCUCUCUCUCUCUCUCUCUCUCUCUCUCUCUCUCUUUCUUUCUUUCUUUCUUUCUUUCUUUUUAAACAGAGUUUCUCUGUGUAGCCCUGGCUGCCCUGAACUUGAUUUGUAGAUCAGACUGGCCUGGAACUCAGAGAUCCACCUGCCUCUGCCUUCCUAGUGCUAGGAUUAAAGAAGUAUGCCACCACUGCUGGGCAAUUUUAUCCAUAUCUUUGUGUCUGUGUGUAGGAAUGUGGAUGUGAAGCCGGCGAUGGUGGCGCACGCCUGUAAUCCCAGCACUUGGGAGGAAGAGGCAGGCAGAUUUCUGAGUUCGAGACCAGCCUGGUCUACAGAGUGAGUUCCAGGACAGCCAGGGCUACACAGAGAAACCCUGUCUCAAAAAACAAAAAACAAAAAACAAAAAACAAAAGGUGUUCCUGCCACAUGUUGUGCUGUGAAGUCCUCGGUAUCCCUUUAUGAUAACUGCAGGGCCGGGCGUGAGUAUGUGAGUGAUGCUUUAAUAUUAUAAAUAUCUGCUUCCAACAGGUUCUUCACCCAGUACUUUUAAUAUCCCUGAAUAAGUAUUGUGAUACUGGGGCUUAUCCAAUGGCCAUUUUCCUAACUGCUUAUCCACUCUGUUUCAGAGCGCAGUCCCUAAAGGGCUUCCUGCUUCUUUUAGGUGGUGGAUCAUUAUGACUGAUGAAUUAAUUUAUUUGGUGUGUUAGAAUUAUUACCAUCAUUAAACGUUUAGAAUUAUG